ACCGUACAAUGCGUUCGUUCGAUCCAAGAUGGCUGCGCUCAGGGGCCGAGUGGUCACUGAAUGUCUUACAACAUGUAUGUUUCGACAAACAAACACAGCGAGUAUUUCUACUCUUCCUAUUGCUCUGACAGGGAAUAAGUGGUUUGUACCGAGAUCGCAUCUUCACACUGGCAGAGGGAGUAGGGUUCCUCUAGUUAGGGCACUUCUUGGGUGUCCCAGUCAUGGCCAGUUCCUGCUGGUCAGUGCCGUGGCAGUCAGACACAACAGCUCUCAGACGAUUGAAGCAGCUCAGAGCUUGUCGGCUCCAAGUGAAACGGCAGAUGCUGCUCUCUCUGUUCCGGUCUCCAUCCCAAAUCUUGCUGCUGACCCCGCCCCCACAGUCACACCACCAAUCACAGAGCAAGUGGCCGAGGCUCCUCUCACUGCAUUGGAUGUUCUGCAGGGAGCCGGCGCUGAAGCCAGCCUAUCAGAGCUCGGCCUGUGCAACGCCACACCUGUGGGCCUGAUCCAGAACCUGCUGGAGUUUAUGCAUGUUGGCAUUGGGCUGCCAUGGUGGGGGGCCAUCGUUGCAGGCACCAUUGUUGCUCGGUGUGUUGUGUUCCCGGUCAUUGUAAAGGGGCAGAGAGAGGCAGCCAAACUGAACAACGUCAUGCCGGAAAUGACAAAACUCACCAACCGCAUGAAUGAAGCCAAGCAGAGCGGUAACAAAUUUGAUUUUUCAAAGGCAUAUACUGAUUUGAUGAUGUUUCAGAAGAAACAUGACGUGAACCCUUUGCGUGGGUUCCUAGUGCCCUUGGUACAGGCUCCAAUCUUCGUCUCUUUCUUCAUUGCCUUGCGUAAGAUGGCUGAUCUCCCUGUACCAAGUUUGCAGACUGGCGGCCUCUGGUGGUUCACAGAUCUAAGCGCAUCUGAUCCAUUUUACAUUCUCCCCGUUGCCGUGACUGGCACUAUGUUUGCCAUCUUAGAGUUGGGAGCUGAAUCUGGUGUAGACAACCCCAAUCUGAGGGCCAUGAAGACCGUCUUCAGGGUCAUGCCCUUUGUUAUCCUCCCUCUGACGAUUCACUUCCCCACGGCGGUGUUUACCUACUGGUUGACCUCUAACCUCUUCUCGCUGGGUCAAGUGGCCCUGCUGAAGCACCCGACAGUGAGACAGAAGCUUAAUAUCCCAGAACGCAUCACACACCCACCUUCAGCACUCCCUAUGAACGAAGGUUUCAUAGAAAGCAUCAAGAAAGGAUGGAAGAAUGCCCAGUUGGCUCAGCAGCUGGAGGAAAGAGACAGGAGAAUUAAAGGACACCUGGAUAUGGCAGCCAAAGGACCCCUGAGGCAGACUUUUACCCAUAACCCCCUUCAGCAGUCGGCAGCACCAAUGUCAACAGGAAAAUCGAGUAGUCCAAAGGAUGACAAGAAGAGGCCCUGGGAAGAGACGAUUGGCUAACAUUUUGAUGGAGAAUUUUGUGAUGGCUUUGUACAUAUAUGUUUUGAGAAAGACUAAGGGAUGGGUAGUGAAAUUAAGACUAAAUAUGACAUUUGAUGAAGAGGUGUUUUCAUGCCAUUAAAAAGCAAUCUUAUUGCCUUCCCACCUUCUUCAUUCAUUUACAGUCUGCUGAAGUGCUGGUUUAUUCAUGCACACACACAAAUGUAUAUUCCUCUUGUAGUUGUCAGCCAAAGCACAUUAAUAGAAUGACAGAUAAAAUAUUAAGAGCCCAACGUAAAUUAAUGUGCUCAUGAUUAACACGCACACACAGGUUUUACAUUUUGUCCUUUAUUUCAUCUAUUUUUUGUCUUAUUCAACAUUUUAUUUAUCACAAAUCCAUAAUAACACUGCCUUUGUCAUUUCAGUCUUUACAAAAAAAUGGAAAAUACUGCUUGAUAUUCAGAUAUAAAUUUGUAAAGAUAAAUAAAACAUUGUGUAGAACAUUGUGUUUCAUUAGGCUUUCAGUGUACAAGCAUCUAAAUUCAUGUUAAACGAUCAUGUGCAAGAUUGAUUUAGGUUUACAGCUGUUUCAAAGCAAUGGUACAAAUGUCUCUAAGUAAUUUUUCCGUUUUCAGUGCUAUCAUUUCAUCAUCUUACCAACCCCUGCCUGCAACAACCUCCAAGUCCAAAAUUGUUUCGUCGCACGUUAUCCAACGGUUUCACAGACGAGGCUCAAGUCUAGUCCCAGACUAAAAUGCACGUUUUAGCUGUUACAACUUGCACUGAUAUAUCUUAAAAUAAGUCAGUGUCAAUGUUUUGUCUCAGGAUGCUCACCAGUAAUGUUUUUCAAAAGGCACAUUUGAAGGUAACUUUAGCCUGUUAGCAUGAUAUCGCCGUCCAAAGCCAUGCCGCCUUCAAAACAUGAACACACACGGACCAGAAGAGACGACCAGAGACACGGUGAGAAAACUUUACAGUACAGUGACUAACAGCACUAAAAUAGUACUGUUUGCCUGCCACUCUUGCUCUGUCUACAUAGCAUACGUGAACCCGCAGAUUAUGUUUACGUGAACAGGCAUACUUUCAUUUCAUUCGGACAGAUGAUAUUAUUAAAAAUACAUUUAGACCAUAAAGGUUGUAUCAGCGAUUUCAGGCCCAAACAAAAUGAUCACAUUCAUCUAAUCUUUCCUAACAAUCCUCUA